AUGGUUCUCGUAAGGACCUCUUUGCACCUCUCCUUACACCAAUUUCCGCUCAAGUUGUCAGCAAGCUUCUUUUUCCAGGGGCAUGAAGUUCUGAAUUCCAAGUUAGCCCGUUUUAGCACCAAUGUAGCAAAUGUUAUUACAUUUUCAGAUGACGUAAAUGUCCCGAAUUUCGCUGGAACCUAUUCUUUGAUAGAGAAAACCAACUCUGAAAGGCCGCUAAAAGAAAUUCACAAAACUCCCCAAACAUACAGUUUAGGGACUGCAAAUGAUCGUUUGGUGAGAAAACCGAGCGUGAGCUCACAUUUGGAUAUCCAAGACUCUUCAGAAUUUCGGCUCCAUGAUACCAGACAGUUGAAUUGUGAAUUUCAUGAUUCUUUGGGAUCUAGGUACGAGAAGAAGAGACGUGAUGAGUUAUUGAGUCUAUUUUCACGAACGCAGGACUGUACUAUUCCUCUGCAUGAUGGCACUAUUGCUGACACUUUGCGGUCCUGCACUGGUACCAAUGUAUCUUAUUUUGUCAAACAAAUUCAUGCUAAAGUCAUCCGUUUUGGUUUAAAUACGAGCCCACAUUUUUGUAACCCUCUCAUUGAUUUUUACCUCAAGAAUGAAUAUAUAGAUUCUGCGAUCCGAACUUUUAAAAAUAUGCUCGCAAAGGACAGUGUCACCUGGGUAGCAAUAAUAUCGGGCCUGUCCCAAAAUGGUCGUCAAGUUGAGGCCAUCCUUCUUUACUCUGAGAUGCGGAAGUUGGGUGUAUACCCAACUCCUUAUGUCUUUUCGAGCAUCAUAAGUGCCUGCACCAAGGUUAACUCUUCCGAACUUGGGGGCCAACUUCAUGCUCUAAUAAUAAAGUGGGGCUUUUCAUCUGAGCUUUUUGUGUGCAACUCCCUGGUCACACAUUAUUCUCGAUGUGGGAAUUUAUCAUCAGCUGAACUGAUAUUCGAUGGGAUGUCGCAUAAGGAUAAAGUCACGUUCAACACUCUAAUUUCGGGCUUUGCCACUCAGGGAUCGAAUGAGAAAUCUCUUGAGCUGUUCGAUAAAAUGCAGGCCGAGUCCUUAAAGCCCGAUUGUGUUACAGUUGCAAGCCUAUUUGGAAUUUUUGCAUCUAUGGGGGAUCUUUGCAAGGGAACUCAACUGCAUGCUUACGCAGUCAAGGAGGGGAUGUGUUUGGAUGUCAUCAUUGAGGGAUCUUUGCUAAACCUCUAUGUAAAAUGCUCGGACAUAAAAGCAGCCAAUAGAUUUUUCCUUGAAACUCAAAAUAAUAAUGUGGUACUAUGGAACGUGAUGCUAGUGGCCUAUGGGCAAAUGGGCGAACUCCAGGAGUCGGUCCGGAUUUAUUCGAACAUGCUUAUUGCCGGCCUACAACCUAACGAGCACACUUACCCUAAUAUCCUGAGAACGUGCACUUCUGGGGGGGCCCUCGAUUUGGGUGAGCAAGUCCACACCCAAGUCAUAAAAACCGGAUUCCAGCCAAAUGUGUACGUCUGUAGCGUGUUAAUCGACAUGUAUGCAAAGCAUGGAGUAUUAGAAGCCGCCUUGAAAAUUUUUAGGCGUCUUAAAGAGGAAGAUGUGGUUUCAUGGACGGCCAUGAUUUCCGGGUAUGCCCAGCAUGACAUGUUCCAUGAGGCAAUAAAACUUUUUGAAGAAAUGCAAGCACGAGGGAUCCGGUCGGAUAACAUAGGAUUGGCAAGCGUCAUAAGCGCUUGUGCAGGAAUUCAAGCGCUCGAUCAGGGACGUCAGAUUCAUAGCCAGUCUAUUGUGUCGGGAUACUCUUCGGAUGUUUCGAUAGGGAACGCACUCGUUUGUCUAUAUGCUAGGUGCGGCCGCACGAGGGAGGCCGACUCAGCAUUCGAGAGAAUUAAUACGAAAGAUAAUAUUUCUUGGAAUGGGUUCAUAUCUGGACUUGGGCAGAGUGGAAACAGUGAAGAUGCUCUAAAGGUUUUCGCUCGAAUGAUUCGGGCUGGAGAAAAGGCCAAUAUGUUCACCUACGGUUCUGCAGUUAGUGCGGCCGCAAACGCGACGAAAAAAAAUCUCGGCAAACAAAUUCACGGCAGGAUUAUAAAAACCGGGUACGACACCGAGACGGAAGUCUACAACGUCUUGGUCACUCUGUACGCAAAAUGCGGUUGCCUUAGUGGGGCCCGCAAGGUUUUCCUCGAGAAUCCUCGGAAAAACGAAGUCUCGUGGAAUGCAAUGAUUACGGGCUACUCUCAGCACGGGCACGGCGUGCAAGCCAUAGAGCUCUUCGAAGACAUGAAGAGGAUGCGAAUAAAUCCGAAUCACAUAACAUUUGUGGGAGUUUUGACCGCUUGUAGCCACGUGGGAUUAGUGGAGGAGGGACUCGGCUACUUCAAAUCCAUGAAUGAGAAUCACGGCUUAAUCCCAAAUCAGGAGCAUUACGCCUGUGUAGUCGAUGUUCUCGGGCGUGCAGGUCAAAUUCGCCGCGCGAGUGAAUUCGUGGAGUCAAUGCCUCUAAAACCAGAUGCAAUGGUAUGGAGGACCCUCUUGAGCGCCUGCACUGUACACAAGAACCGAGAAAUCGGGGAGUUCGCAGCUAAGCGUCUCUUAGAAUUGGAGCCGAAGGACUCGGCUACUUACGUCCUCAUGUCCAACAUGUACGCGGUCACAGGCAAAUGGGACGAUCGUGAUCUCAUCAGAAGGCUCAUGAGAGACAAAGGUGUGAAGAAGGAGCCAGGCCGUAGUUGGGUCGAGAUAAAGGACUCAGUCCAUGCGUUUUUUGUUGGGGAUAAGCUCCACCCUCUUACGAAAGAGAUCUAUGGAUAUUUGGAGGGUUUGAACGAGCGUGCUGCUGAGAUCGGAUACGUGCAGGACCCUGGGAGCUUGUGGAGUGAGUCGGAGCUCGGGCAGAAGGACCCAACUGAGCUCGUACACAGUGAGAAACUGGCGGUUGCAUUUGGGCUCAUGAGCUUGCCUGGUGGGGUUCCCUUGCACGUUAUGAAGAAUCUGCGAGUUUGUAACGACUGUCAUAAUUGGAUUAAGUUCGUAUCGAGGGUUGAUGAUCGGGCUAUUGUUGUACGGGAUGCAUACCGGUUCCAUCAUUUUAAAAACGGGUUUUGUUCGUGUAAAGACUAUUGGUGA